CAACUGACUACCCACAUGAAAGUUCUCGAUCAUAGGUAAAAUAGAAAAACGCUUUUAGGGAACUGACGAUAACCAAAAAUCGAAGAAUGCAGAACGGGUUUUUAUACCUGCAUCUUCGAGCCCUUUUCCCCCAGCAGCACACGCUACCCAUUCUAGAAUGACCGCUAUAAGAUGCACACCCGUUCCCCUCGUGACCUCAGUCCGAUUUCGAAAGCAAGAAAGGGCGGAUUGCCGUGAACCCUUCCCGUUAUCAUGGCUAGAUCGGUUGUUGGUGUUUUGUUGAUCGUUUUCGGAUUGCUUUCCGGAGCGUGUCGAGCAGACUUCGGUAUUGCCGUUACUAUUCCAAAUCUUCGAGAAAGAGUUGCGGAUGCAAUUGGAACAAGAUUGACGCGAUUGCUGGCUGCUAAUUCCACCAUUACCGUGGAUAUUGAUUCGGAUGUGACUGGGAACCUGGAUGCGGUGGUGGCCAUUACGAAUAGCAUCAACGCAAGUUUGUCGCAAAUCUACGACGUCACUCGGGAGGCAGUUUCCGACAACAAUACCAAUUCAAUUGUGCUGUUUUCUGGACUGUUUGGCAAUAUCACUGCGGCUACUUUGGAUCUUGUGAGCGCUGCAACUGUGGCACGUGCUUUUCAAACGACAGUUAAUUCUGCGACCUACAACGCCAUUCUCGGAAACGUAACCCUUCUUCAAGAACAAGCAUGUGGACUGAUUCUUGUAUUCUCUAAAUUUGCCAUAGCAGUGGACAACGUUCAGCUUUCAAAAGUGCCAAUCACAAGUGAUAACGUAUCGAAAAUUGUAAAACCAUGCAUCGUAGAUCAUCUUGUGGUUUCGUUGAGAAGUAUAACAGCAGCCAUAGAUAACCUCGCAGAUAUGUUCACAUACAUUAUCAGAGAGAAAUCAGCGAUCGUUAAUCAGGUUAGGAGCCUCGAUUCGUCAUCAAACGUCGCGUUCCAAGCUCUAUCACGACAGGCCUCCCUGUACAGCUCAAGUAUAUCCGACGUUUUGAAAGAAACCAUAGCUAACGUAAACUCAUGGGCAUCAAGUAUUGCUUCGGCAGUUGCACCAAUCAACGACCUGUUUGCCACCAGUUUCUCGUUCGCUCCAGACACGGACACUUGGCGGAAUAUCACCAGUAUUUUUCUCGAUUUGCAAACAACCGUGUUGCAGAACUUGGUCAAUCAAACGAGCGUAUCCGCAGGAGCUCUGUACAACGUUUCCCGGGACAUUGUCUAUGCAACCUUCACCAACGGUAGCGAGUUUGUGGGAUCAUGCUCGUGGAAGUAUUCCUCCCAGCUGAUUCAAGCACCGGUACAGGUGAAUCGUCUGUCAGAUUGUCUAACAGCGGAAACUGGUAACGUACUCAACUUAAGCCCUAUGUUAACUCCUUUGCUGGAACAACAGCAAAAGGAUCUGACGUCGAUUACUUCGCAGCAGCUAUCGACCUGUACAAGCUCAAGUGGAGCUUGUACUGCUGUGUAUGUGGAAGCAUUUGAUAAGCUGAAUUCCCAGACACCUAUGCUGCUGGACGGAGCUCAACGUAUCCUCCGGAAGGAAGCCGACAUCAUGCUGGCCCGAUUCCGAACGUGCACCGAAGCGACCACUGCCGAUAUCUUGGAUAACGUACAAAUCAUAUUCACUGGGUUCGAGAACUGUUUGGGAGUAGGACAGUAGAUGUGUAUUAUACCUUGAGAUUUUGUGAAUUAAAACCGAAAAUAUACCUGCAA